AAUCAAUAAAGGAACAAAAACAAACCCUCGUUUCAUUUCUUUUUCCAAUUCCCCGAAACGAAAAAAGAAAAACAAAGAAUUUUAAUUUAUUUUUUCGCUUCUUUCAACAAACUCUAACACGAAGUCAAAUCGAACGGAGUGGAGAGAUAGAAUCGCUGAGUUGAAUCGGUUGGAAGAAGAUCUGAGUUAGUAUCGUGGACAAAAUCUUAUUAAAUGGGCGCUGCGGGUUCAAAACUCGAGAAAGCUUUGGGCGAUCAGUUCCCCGAAGGCGAACGAUAUUUUGGCCUUGAAAACUUUGGCAAUACUUGUUAUUGUAACAGCGUUUUGCAGGCACUUUACUUUUGUGUCCCAUUUCGUGAACAGCUGCUAGAUUAUUAUUCAAGGAAUAAAAAUGGCGCUGAUGUUGAAGAUAAUCUGCUGACAUGCUUGGCAGAUCUGUUUACACAGAUAAGUUCGCAGAAGAAGAAAACAGGUGUCAUUGCUCCAAAGCGCUUUGUACAGCGAUUGAAGAAACAAAAUGAGCUUUUCCGCAGCUAUAUGCACCAGGACGCUCAUGAGUUCUUGAACUUUCUGCUAAAUGAACUCGUAGACAUCUUGGAGAAAGAGGCGCAAAAUGCAAAAGAUGAGGUUGAAACUUCAUCACCACCUGAAAAGAUUGUGAAUGGGCCAAAGAAUCCUCAGGCAAAUGGUGUUAAUAAAGAGCCUCUUGUUACAUGGGUACACAAGAAUUUUCAGGGAAUACUUACCAAUGAGACAAGAUGCUUGCGAUGUGAAACAGUGACAGCGAGAGAUGAAACUUUCUUCGACUUGAGCCUUGACAUUGAACAGAACAGCUCAAUAACUAGCUGUCUGAAAAAUUUUAGUUCUACCGAGACAUUGAAUGCUGAGGACAAAUUUUUCUGUGACAAGUGCUGCAGUUUGCAAGAAGCACAGAAGAGAAUGAAGAUAAAGAAACCUCCUCACAUCCUUGUUAUCCAUUUGAAGCGGUUCAAGUACAUUGAGCAGCUUGGCCGGUACAAGAAACUCUCCUACCGUGUUGUAUUUCCGCUUGAGCUGAAGCUAAGCAACACUGUGGAAGAUGCAGAUUCGGAGUAUUCUCUAUUUGCUGUAGUUGUUCACGUGGGAAGUGGACCUAACCACGGCCACUACAUUAGCCUGGUGAAAAGCCAUAACCAUUGGUUAUUUUUCGACGAUGAGAAUGUGGAGAUGAUUGACGAGUCUGCAGUUCAGACAUUUUUUGGGUCAGCCCAGGAGUAUUCUAGUAAUACUGAUCAUGGGUAUAUCUUAUUUUAUGAACGCCUUGCUUCAGAAAACAAGAGCUGAGGGGUUCAUUUCACCAUGAGUUACAAUUACUAGGUAUUCUGAUCACUCAGACCUCUUUUUCUUUAAUUAUUUAUGUUUAUUACUUUUUGUUUUCCAACCUUGAGGGAAGAACGUGCAGAUAUCAGGUGAGGUAAUGUAGGUUGUGAAAAAAAAAAUUAUACUUAGGCCCGACGUUGCUUGGAUCUGAGUUUUUCUCCAAGUAUACAAGUCUGAUACCGUGUUCGAUGUAUAUUUGGACAUGAAUAUAGGGAUUUGAUCCAUCAAGGACUUUCUAAAUACAUGGAAGAACUUUGGAGUGUUUGAGAUAUCUGUGUCAGAUACGUAUCGGUAUCCAACAAUCACACUCGAGUCCGAGUAACAUAGUUUAGAUUGUUGCCAUGUAGAUUGGGAUGGUGGAAUGGAAGAACAUCGUCCUUUCGAGUUUUUUAUUUUUUUUCCCAAUAGGGGGAAUAACAGUGUAUAUGGUGCGAGACUGACACAAACAGUAUUCUUCAUGGUUGAGAAUGUUUUGAACUUCAGCAAUGCAAUUGGAAUUUCAUCCGUCUUCAUAA